UUCGCUCGUCCCCCGGCCUGCCAGCUCGCCGAGUCUCGCGAUGCUUUAGGCCGCAGCUCCCGCUGCGGGUGGCUCCGCUGUUGCUGUGGUUGCCUUAGUUGCUGCGGCGGCGGCGGCGCCGGUGGAGGUGUCGGCCCCCGGGCGGAUGUUGACAUUGUGUGUUUUUACGGCUUGACGGUAAUGGCGGCGGCGGUGACGGCCGGGACUCUGUCUGCCCUGCUGUAGGCCCCCCUCCAGAGAGCCAGCGAGGCAGCAGAGCGAGCAGAGCGGCCCCUGAGCGCCGGCCGGCCCCACUCUCCCGUCCCUCUUCCGCCGCGCUCUCACCCCAGCCCCGGGACUCCAGCCCCCCGCGGGCCGGGCCGGGGCCGGGGAGCGCCUGCGAGGCCUCAGCAUGGCGGAUUUCGACGAGAUCUACGAGGAGGAGGAGGACGAGGAACGGGCCCUGGAGGAGCAGCUGCUCAAGUACUCGCCGGACCCCGUAGUGGUGCGCGGCUCCGGGCACGUCACCGUAUUUGGACUGAGCAACAAAUUUGAAUCAGAAUUCCCCUCAUCACUAACUGGAAAAGUAGCACCCGAAGAAUUUAAAGCCAGCAUCAACCGAGUUAACAGUUGUCUAAAGAAGAACCUUCCAGUUAAUGUCCGUUGGCUACUUUGUGGCUGCCUUUGUUGCUGCUGUACGUUAGGUUGCAGUAUGUGGCCAGUUAUUUGUCUCAGUAAAAGAACACGAAGAUCGAUUGAGAAGUUAUUAGAAUGGGAAAACAAUAGGUUAUACCACAAGUUGUGCUUGCAUUGGAGACUGAGCAAAAGGAAAUGUGAAACGAAUAACAUGAUGGAAUAUGUCAUCCUCAUAGAAUUUUUACCAAAGACACCGAUUUUUCGACCAGAUUAGCAUUUGCUUUAUUUAUAGAGACUUAUCCAAGUAUGUUGUCUUUCCAAUGGUGCCUUGCUUGGUGCUCUCCUGGUGGUGACAUAGCAUUGGUUCUACAGAAUCUUGUGGUGUUUUUUUUUUUUUGUUUUUUUUUUUUAAUAACCGCAUGUUCUAAGUGUGUAUUUUUUGUCAGACUUUGCAAGUUAUUUCAUACAGAUGUUAAACAAUUAAGUUAUUGUGCUUUUUUCUGUUAAUGUAUUCUGAUUUUCAAAGAUUACUUUUUUUGUAUUAUCAAAAAAAAAAUACAUUUGAACAUAGCCUAAAAGUGACCAGGCUUUUUUUAUUUUUAACCCAAGGUUCGUGAUCCCUUCACUGUAAAUUCCUUUAACAUAAACACACUUUCUGUGACUCUUUGUGUAUUAUUCCCAGUGGAUAUUCUUUAUUUUAUAUUUUUUAUUAAUUUAAUCAAGCUAUCCCUUUUGAAAUUGUGAGUUUUCUGUACUAGUCUUUUUGGGAUUUAAGUCCCCAUUCCCCAAAUCCAGCUCCCACUCCUUACCCCUAUUCUGAAUAGACUAUCUGUGUUCUUUCAUGGAUAAAUCAUAUCAAAAUAGUCCAGAAAAUAUUCUACCUUCAAUGUUGUUAAAACAGACAUUGAAUUAUUUUGUCUAGAAUAGGAGAAUUGAUUAAAGGUAUGCAUGCAUCUAAUGGUUAUUAGAGCUCAGGAUCACAGAAAACAUAGUAGCAUCACAACCUACAUAUAUCUUUAUUCAAGGUUAUAUCUUUAAUGAUGGCCUUACUUGGGUUACUUUUUAUUGUUUACCAAAUCUUAUAUGCCAAGGUGCAGAAAUAUUCAUUUUUAUUAAGUAUUUAUCUAAGGAACACAUUUUCCAUGGUAUCCAUCUUCUUUGCAGUUCCAGAUUGGAUAAUCUUAAAAAACAGGCUUGAAAAAUUGAAUAAUGGAGACAAAUAAAGGCCUUUACCAACUCUCCAAAGGAUACUUAAAAUAAGAUAUAUAAGAUUAUAAUGAGAAUUUAAGAUAUGGAGAAGGUAACAGUGUGUGUACGUGCUGGUUCUUUUAAAAUUUUUGGUCCAUUAGAGUAACUUAAUUUUCUGCACAAUUGUUCAAGAAUUUUUUUUUUUUUAAUGGGGAUAUGACCUAGUCUUGAGUCAGUCCAGUUAUAUUCGUUAUUUCAUUUUUUUUCUUUUGGUUGUAUAUACCUUCAUGCAUUUAAAUUUAAAAAAGAAAUUUUCAAUGGUGUAUAUGUAAGUUUUUUGUUCUUUUUAUAAGCCUGGAAUUACACAAAUUUUAAUGUAUGUUAAGAACUUGUUCCAUACAGCUGUGGUAUCGAGCAAUAAUGUGAAUAAUUUUGAAACAUAUAUACUCUGAUUAAUACUUUGUAUUAAGAAGUGGUACCACUACAAAAUACCUUCCUCCUUGUAUUAAAUCUUUUAAAUACCAGUUUCAUUAAUUUAUACAUCUGUAUUUUUUAAGUGUUUUGUGUAUUUCUCCAUAGUACUGUAUUCUCUAAAAUGGUUGGAUGUCAUCUUAUAUUUGACAUCAUGAAUUGUCUGAAUGAAUAGUUUAUCAUUUUUUUUUCUGAUAUUUUUCUUGGUGCCCGAAAUUAUAGUUAACAAUUUAAAAAGAAUAAUUACCUUUCUUCUGAAGAGCUCAAAUUGCAGAGUCCAAUCACAUGUUUCACCUCACUUAGCUUGUAUCUAGGGUAUGUUUUGCUGCCCUUUGAAUAGUGCAAUUAAAAUGUUAUGCUAUUCAAAACAACACUGUAAUAUUCCUUAUUGGGUUUAGUGGAAAAGAAUAUAUUGUAUGGAGAAGAUUUAUCUGCUAUAGGAUGUAAAACCAGAGGAAAGGUAGGCUGCUUGUAUAGAGUUAGAUGAUGCAGUAGAAUGCAUCAUCUCUAAAUGUGGCGUUUUAUCUUAUAUGUGUAGCUAUGUCUCCUUGGCUUCCUUAGUGAAAAGAGCUGAACUUGAUUAGAAGGAUAUAUAUUUUUUCUUCCUACCUUAAUCUUUCUUUUUAUCAGGCUUCAAAAAGAUGUGUAAGGUCUUUUGAAAGUAUUUUUUUUUAAUAGAGUCUCAAGAGAAUAUGAAACUUACUAUGAAUGGUAGUGUUAAGUAUAGUGUCCUUUUUAAGCCUUUCUAAUUCUCCUUUUUAAUUAAAUGGAGAAGUGUGUCAUUUGCUUAAAGAGAUUCUCUGGGAAUGUGCACUCUUAGACUUUCAAUGUGUAUCUGGAAAAGAACCAUGAAUGCUUAAUAUGCCGGCACUACCAUGAGCCAAUUAUGCCUUGAACAGUUAGGUUUUCGUGCUUUGGUUUUCAUUAGUGUCCCCCAGUGUAAGUGUAACUGGGUUAUUCUUUUUUCCUUUUCUUUUUUCUUUUUUCUUUUUUUUUUUUUUAUGCAGACUAUGAAUUUGAGUGGCCAUGUUACUGAAAAUGUCAAAGAUGCCUUUAUAUGUAGGCUGAUCUGAAGGAAAUACUCAAAAUUGUAAUUAUUCUAUAGCUUCCAUGAGUUCUGAGCCAUAUUAUCAUUUUUAUACUGGCAAAGUGGGGUACUUGUAAAACCCUUAGUGAAUGUGUAGAAUCUUACAUAAGCUUAGUGAAUAAUUUGCAUAUCAUUUGUGGUUUUGGAAAUUCACCAUUCUUGUAUAGAGAGAAACAUUUGGUGGUAUUUAAAUGUAGAAUGGAACCAUGUUACUAUAUGGUUUGUUGUUCUAUUGAUUUAGAUAUUAUGUUGGUAAAAUUAUGUCCCUGGAAACUUAACUAUGCAAUAUGACUCACUUAUUAGUGAAACCCAUAGCCAGUCUGACAUGAUAUAGAUGGUUAAGACAAGUGUCAGUUUUUCAUUCAAAAUUUAUACUCUUAAAUUACUUAGUCUAUAUAGAAAAUAGUCGCUGUAUGAAUGUGUUCGCACUCUAGGAAAACUAGUAGUAUCUGCUACUUUUAAGCAGAACUUACGUUUAUAUCAUAAAAUAGUGAUACCUUCAAAGCCAGUGCGGCAGUAACCAAAGGCUUCUUCUUUUCAUUAGCUUCCCACUAAAGAAUGGUUCAGGAAGAACCAAAAGGUGAUUUAAGGUAUCUUGUUCCUAGUGUCAUUGAGUUUUUCAGCUUGUUUCUUUAAACAUAACGGGUCAGUCCCAUUAUAUGUUGUUGGUUUUCAGGAGCAUAAUAGGGUAUCUUUAGGCAGUUUGUUUUUGGUGCCUUUCCCACCUUCAUUUCUGUACUCCUUUCUUGUCCAGAACAAUCUUUCCUCCUUUAACCCUGGAUAUCUAGACCUUUUAUGCUCUAUUUCCUUUAAGCCUGCCUUCCUUUCCUUUUCCCCUUCCUCUUUUCCUUCCCCUUCCAUUUCCCCUUCUUUCUUUUUUCUUUCUUUUCCUUUUUCCUUCCCUUUCCUUAUCUCCUUCCCUUUCCUCUUCUUUUUUUAUUUCCCCUUUCCUUUUCUCCUUCCCCUUCCUUCCUCUCCUUCCCUUUCUUUUUUCCCAAGUUAUCUUUUCUUUCUUUUCUGUUUUUGUAAAGGAAAACUCAAAAUUUCCUGCUUUCAUUAUUGAAUGUUACUCUGAUUAUUGCAGAGAAGAGGGAGAAUCACAGAUAGAUUCAGCCUUCUCUGUGGAUAUUUGCAUUUUUAAAAGAAGAGCUUAAUAACCCAAGUGACCUGCUUAUUUAUUUGUAUGAAUAAGAGGAUAUCACUCUAGCCUCAUCUCUGUUGCCACCAACAGUAGCUCCAAGAUUAACCUUGCAAGCCCUCAUGGUCUAGCACUAGGUUCAAAGCAUGUACUAGGUCUUUAUUUUGUACAUAAAUAGAACCUAGUGUUCUCUUCUUUGCUAAGAUUGCUGCUACUUUCUGACCCCAAAGCUGUUGGUAACCUUUUAAUUAUUUCACAUUCCCCUUCAAAGCUGUUUCCUUUUGAACAAUACAUUUGUUCUCACAAAGAAAACAUCAAAAAAAUCCUUCCAUAGGAAACAAAGGAAAAAGGGCAAAAUGGAACUGUGGCACUCCAAUCCUUUUGCUCUGUUUUAUGGUAAGAGGCAUAGUUGAUAUCUCAGUAGGUUUUAGGGAGGAGAGGUUGAAAAAGAAGGCCUAGCUAAAGUACGAAAAUAGAGAAGUUUCCCCCUUUCCCGCAUCAGAACUGUUUCCUUUAAUUUGUUCUUCUCCCAUUUUCUGUCACCAAGUAUUUUGUUAAAAGUUUAAUAAGGUUCCUCUAUUAUAAUAUUUUGAGUCUGGAUAUUUUUAUAAAGAUAAAUUGAGCUUACCAACUUUUUAUUGUUUCUGUUUUCCAACUCUCCAUAUUCUUCAUGUCUAUAUAGUGUGAUGUGGGGUGGUUCAACCAUAUAUCCUGAAGAAGUUUUAAGAGUUGCUAAUGUAUCCUCUUUCUAGAAUGUAGAAAGGUAUUAUAUUUGGUUUAGAAUGUUAUUAGUCAGAAGUUUCAAAAUUUUCUUAGUCAUAGAGGAAUAGAUUUUUGCAAAGUAGAAAAUUUAAAUCAACACAGAUGGUUUUUAGGCUAAACCAAAUGCUGAAAUUCCCUUGACGUAUUUUUUUCUGCUAACUUUGUGUGAGACCAGAUUAUUUUGUCUCACUUUCUUCCAUCUACAAAACAAAGAUAUGAUUACCUACCUCAUAGAAUUAUUUGAUCCAUUAUUUUGUAGUUGUUAAAAAUUUGUAUGAAAGUAAGUAUCUAGUUGGUUUCUAAGAAUAGUGUUUGAGUAGUAGUAGUAGUAGUAGACUUUUUAUAUUUGCCAUGUUAACACAAACCUUAGUGAAUAAACUAGUAGUUAAGGUUUCAAGUUUACAUCUGCAUUUUCAGAAUUGGGAAUACUUGCUGUAUGUGGCUGGAAUAUUGUUUUGUUAUAGGAAAUUAUGUGUAGUACUUUAGGUCCUUGAUUUCUAUAAAUGUAUAAGCCUAGAAUAGCUGAAGGGAGAAUUGGACUUAGAGAAUCUAUGAAUCUGGACACCAGCAGUAUGUGAGCAAGUUUUUUAAUUUCAGGUCUUCAGUUUCUUCAUCAAUAAAGUAAAAAGGUUGGGCCUUCUGCUCUCCCUAGGGUCUCUUACCCUUACCGUUCUUUGACUUCUGAUACAAGAUUCCUUUGUGUCAUAGUACAUCUACUUAAAAAUAAAAUGCUUUGAAAUUCAACACAUAUUAGUUUUCUAAUUAUAAGUAUAUCAUUUAAUCUCCUAGAUAUCCUCAGUUUCCUUAUCUGAAAUAUUUGUACUAUUUGUUUCAGAGGAUUGCUAUGAGGAAACUUCUUUUUCCUUAAAAUACUAUGUGUGAGUUGCUGUUAUUGUUAUUUUGAGUAUAGUAUUUCUUAAGCAUAUAUUUAUUGAUUAACUAGAGCAAGAGACUUUAUGGAAAAUAUGAUUUAUUUCUUGCCUAGGAACAAACAAACAAACAAAAAGUUAGUAUGCAAUAGAAAGAGAGCAGUUCAAUCUACUCUCAUUUGUUGAAUUUUAAUGUAUUCUUGAAAACUGCAUUUCCCCUAACUCUUAAAAAAAAAAUUCCUGUCCCCAUUUAAUUUUUUUUACGGUAGCUUAAUUAUUUCAAACAUUAGGUCUAAAGUCUGGUAUGAAAGUCUGAGAGGUUUUUAUACUUUUUCACGGAAGAAACUUAGACUUCAGGUUGAAGAUUCCCAUUUCUAAAUUACAUUCUGUUUAAUCAGGCAAUUUCAACUAUCUCGUUAACAUCUUUAUGAACUUUUUAGAAAUUGGGGGGGUUUUGCUUUUGUUUUUAUGAACUAUAGGCAUUAAAUUUCCUUUACAGUUUCUCCUUAAUUUUAAAAAUUCUUUCAAAAUUAAUUAGCAUUAGAAAAUAUACUAAUAGUGGUUUUUGAAACAAGAUGCUCAUAAUAACCAGAUUGGGGAAAUAGUUAUAUUGUCAUGUAAUGGUUCUUUAAAAGGUUGAAGGCUAUGCCAUGGUCAGUGGCUGUAGACAGAUUUAUGUCAUUAUAUAUAUCACAAAAGAAAUUUUAAAAGUUUGAUUUAGAAUAGGGAUUUUUGUCCACCAAGUUGCUCUUUGAGAUGCUUAUGGUUAGUGUAUCAAAUAAAGCAUGUUUUAUUUGUCUUGUUAAAUGUAAUGCUCUUAAACUUAGCUUAACAACAAUUGCUGGGUAAAAGAUUUCAGGAAUUUGUGAAUAUUUACAAAUAAAACUCUUUGGGGGUUGUUUGCAAACAAAAACACUUACCUGUUCAGAAAUUAUUGAUGACCCAUGAGAAAUUAAAUGAAGAGCUGGUGCUCUGUUUCAUACUGCCAUCAAAGAAUGUAAAGUCAGGCUUUGUGCAGGAUUCUUCCAGACAAAUGCGUAUUCCAUGUGGGCCACUGUUCUGCUAAAUGCUCUCAGUUCUCCUUUUGCAAUCAAGAUUAUGUUGCUAAGGAGAUUUUGCUUUUAUUGGUGCCAUUGAUUUGUGUUAAUACGUUUUGAAUACCUCUUGGUAUUCUUCCUUAGACAAGGCCAAAAGAAAAACUUCCCCGAGUUUCCCAAUUUACAUCACAAAUGGAGCGGUGGUGUAAUGAAGCCGAUAUAAAGUGGGCAGUUGAAAGGGAACUAAAGAAGGGCACUCAAGUGAGAAAUGAAGAAAUGUGCCGAGUGCAGGCUGUGGCUGCCUUCGUCCAGCUGCAGGAACUGGCUCCAGCCUGAGGCCGGGGGAGAGGGAGCGCCUCCCUCCCGAAAGACCACCCACUUUCUGUGGCCUUGCUUGGCACUCCACGGAUUACCUCAUUGACGAAGAUGGGGCCAUCACAAAGCCAGAAGAAAUGGUUCUUAGCCCUGGAGCUCCUUGACUUGUUUCACCCAGAGCAUGGCUGAGACCACACUUUGGAUUCUAGGUGAUCUCCAAGUAGUUGAAGGGGGGAACCCCAAGGAUGAGGGACCAGGCCCUGAACGUCGAGGUCGGUGCGUCUCCGAAGGAGACAACCGGGUUUGGCUACCUGCUCCUUUUUCCGGUGGCGCUCUCCCCCAUUAGCAUUGUGAGUGGAUCCUGAGCCUAAGAAAGGGAUUUGAUCUGACUUAUUAAUUGGCUUGCUUGCAAUUUAGUAAGUGCUGUGCGGAAGAGCAUCUAGUUAGAAGAGCUGAGCCCUUCACGUUCUUAACCCCUUUAGGAGCUCCCAUUCAGAGAUGACAACGUUCCAGAGAGGGACACGGUCACAUGGACGCUAUUGAUGUUAUACACUGAUAGCACUAAGAUUUCGGGCUGUUGCUUUUAUUUUUUUGAAAGUUACUUAGGCUUAACAAGUUCUGUGGGGAAAGUAAUUUCUAGAUGAGGUUUAAAGGAAAUUCAGAAUUUGACACAACAUGGAGAGUCUCAGUUUAUAAAAUACAACUGCAUAUGUGUAAUAAGCUUGUAUGAAAAAAACUUUCUAAAGAAAUAAAAUUAGGUGGCGAAUUGAUUCAGCAAAAUAAUUAUAAAUUUAAAUUCUAAGUGUUUUAACACUGAACUGAACAAGAAAUACAUUCUCCAAAGGCAUUCUGAGGUCAUUGGGAAGCACGUAAUUUAUGGGAAGUGUGAUUUGGGAAAGAAAGGUCUUGCUUUCUUCAGUCAACAGUAUCUUUUCGAAAGACUUUCAAAGAACGAGAAAACCCAAAGUUUGAAAUCAAUAGAAAUCAACUAUUCUGUUUUCAGUGGUGAAAAUCCAAAGCUGUUUAGGCAGUAAAGAUCUUGGUGUAAUUCUCCUUAAGUUCAUAACUGAUUUGGGUGUUUUUUGACAAAUACUGGUCUGGUUUCAGAAACACUUUCAGUGAAUGAAUUUCAGUUUCACAGAAGAGUGACAUUAAAAAUGAUGGAAAUUUUUAUUUUAAAACUUCACUCUUCUACCCACAUUAACUUUGGUUUUCCACAGUGUCCCCAGACAUUAAAAUUAAUGAGGAAAAAAAUACAUUAACGUUUCUUCCAUAUUGGAAUUCACUUAAGCGGAACUGGAACUUAAAACUUAUUGCUUAAUAAGGUAAUAUGAGACUGUGGUUCAUGUCCUGUGUAUUAAGAAUGAAUAUAAAGUUUAAAAAUCUGAUCACUAAUGCGUUUUGUUUUUAGCUUUUGGCAGAUAUAUAUCUGGUAACACUAGAGAAAUUACUAUCAACUAAGAAAAGAAAUAGUGUCUUUUUCAGCCAUCCCAUGUUUGUUAUACUGAAAUGCCAGGUGCAAUCCUUGGACUCUUGUCUGGAUGAUGAGUGAUAUCAAUAAAGAGAAACUUUGGAAUAUUUGUGAAUAAAGCAUGACAUCACGAAGAGAGAUAUUUCAGAAUAAAGUAACUACUUUGCA